AUUUCGCUGAAAAGGACAGAAUAUUUUACCGAUCGGUUGAAUUAUAAUCACAAGGAUGGAUUUCAAAUUAGUUUUACUGUUAGUUUCAGUUGUCUCAUCUUCAUUUGCCUUAAAGUGUAAGGAUGAAGAGGGAAACGAUGUCGACUGGUAUGUCAUCUACAAAUUACCUCGAGAAAGCGACGAAAGUCUGCAAUCGACUUUAGCUGGACGAACUGGUUUCAACUAUGCUUACAUUACUUCAGACGAUUUCAAAGAUGGAAAAUGGAAGAUCUCAGAAAAGUCUGUCAAAGACAAGGACUCAAUGUGGGGCCAAACCUUAGCUGCAGCCUACAAAGACCCAUCCAAGUACACAUACGCUCUCUGGAAUGACGCUCCAUCCAAGGGAAAAGAAAGUGGAACCAAAGCUCAUUCAAAGGGAGUUAUCGUUAUGGACAAGUCAACUGGUUUCUACAUAGUCCACUCCGUUCCUAAAUUUGUUAAUACUUUUGACGAUUCCUAUGAUUAUCCUGAAUCUGGACGAGACAAUGGUCAAACCUCAAUGUGUAUUUCAUUCGAUACUCAAUCAGAAGGACCAAAAUUGGCUCAACAUCUUCUUUUGAUGAAACCAAAUGUCUUUUCAAACAACUUGGUUGAUGGAAUCCCAUCUGACUCUGAAGGUUGGGCCAAUCUUUUCAAUAAGAAGUACCGAGCUCCAAAAGAUGCUCCAGAAAGCUUGGAAACAGUCAUCACCAGUCUUGGUGGAACCAAAUUCCGUGCCUUCUCCAAAAAUCCUAAAAAUCUUGUUGAUUUGUAUGGAGCCAUUGUAGCCCCAGCUCUUGAUGUUCCCAUGUAUGUUGAAACCUGGAGACGAGGUGCAGGUGGUAUCUUGGAGAGUGACUGUACACUUGAUGACAUUGUUAACAAUGUUAAGGGAUUGAAGAUUGAAUUCAAAUCUGGUGAAACUUCAGGUGAUUGGGAAUUCAUUAAGGAUCACUCCAAGUGGGGAAUCUCAUCUGAUUCAAAGAACCCAUGGACCUGUGUUGGUGAUGUUAACCGUAUGCUUUCUCAAGCUAAGCGAGGAGGUGGAACUUUGUGUUUUGAUAACAAGAAAGUCCAUGAAGCAUUCAGAUCAGCAAUCAAAACUAUCGAACCAUGUACUGCUGAUGCCAAUGGUGAAUCACACUCAACCGCAGUUGAAGACAGUCAAGAAGUUUAAAUAUUCCCUGAAAUUAUAGAGAAGAUUUAAUUUAAAAUGAAAUAACGAGUUUCAUGUUUUGUUAAGCCAUUUCUAUAAAAUAAAAUUCUGAAUUUAAA